UUUAAGCUUGGUUUGUUCUUCCGGGAGAGGUGAAUCGACGGCAUCUGAGCAGGCUUUUGAAUCCAAGAGCUUGAGGGUGAACAUAUACGUUGGCGCGUGAACGGCCGCACGUGGCCCAUUUUGGGGUCGUGAGAGCAUUGAAGAUUUGAUUUUAGAAAUGGAAGGCGGGCUUUCUGGAUCGUUGCAUGCAGAAGAUGGGCACUUUGUCACCUUGGCAAGCAAAAAGUCAAUCAAUGCAAGUUAGAAACCUGAUGAAAUUUCCCAAAAUGAAGGCCUGACAAAAGUCUGCAUCUGGUUGCCAGGCCCACUUCAACGUGAAUUUUGAAAAUCCCGGCUGCUGACCACCGCCAGUCCACAUGACAUCCACGCGAGCCACAAGCUCGUUAAAGUAGCGAGGAUGCUAACACUUACGCCUCUUCCACGGGCCCCAUCCUGCCUCGCCGUCGCCAGCAUGGACCACGCCACCGCCAAUGCCAACAUGGCCGCCUUGAGCCUCAACGAGCACCAUCACGAGAAUGGCGUUGCAGCUCAUGCCGCCAAGAUGGAUAACGGAGCCGCGGAGAAGAAGUCUCAAACUCCGGUGAGCAAAAUGUCCAUCAGAGCUCAGCCAGAUGCCACCAGCGGCCAGAGCAGUCCCGGGACACCCAAGUCUCCCUCCAGUCAGGCGUUGGCCGGCAAGCCGGUGGGCGAUGCCCACAAGGUGAAGAAAGUAGCAGUGGUGCGGAGCUCCCCAAAGUCGCCCGGUUCCCUGAAGACCCCGACCACUCUGGCAGCCGCGCCGCCCAUGCCGGACCUGAAGACAGUCAAGUCAAAGAUCGGAUCCACCGGAAACAUCAAGCACCAGCCAGGCGGUGGCAAGGUGCAGAUCCUGGACCAGAAGGUGGACUACAGUAACGUCCAGUCCAAAUGUGGCUCCAAAGCCAACAUUAAACACGUGCCUGGAGGCGGUAAUGUUCAAAUCCUGGAGAAGAAGUUGGACCUGUCAGGUGUCCAAGCCCGCUGCGGCUCCAAAGAUAACCUCAAGCACACCCCGGGCGGCGGCAAGGUCCAAAUCGUCCACAAAAAAGUGGACCUGAGUAGCGUGUCAUCCAAGUGCGGCUCCAAAGCCAACAUCCACCACAAACCAGGUGGCGGCAAUGUGGAGAUAAAAAAUGAGAAGCUGGAUUUCAAAGUUCAAUCCAAGGUGGGCUCACUUGGAAACAUCAGUCACGUGCCAGGAGGUGGACAGAAAAAGAUCGAGAGCCACAAGCUGAACUUCCGUGAGAGCGCCAAGGCGCGUACGGACCACGGCGCCGAGAUCAUCUCCCUGGAGGACUCGCCCACCCGCCAGCUCAGCACCGUGUCGUCGUCCGGCAGCCUCAACAUGGCAGAUCCGCCCCAACUGUCCACACUGGCCGACCGGGUCAGCGCCUCGCUCGCCCGCCAGGGGCUGUGAGGGCCCUGCCGGCCGACCGGGUCAGCGCCUCGCUCGCUCGCCCGGCAGGGGCUGUGAGGGCCCUGCCAAACUCCAACCCCCCUCCUCUUCCUUGUCCCGCUGCGUCACCUUCCCCAUCCUCCUUCUCACCGGACUUUUCGUAGCCUCUGUCACGGUUGGAUCGUAAUUCGUAUUAGGGCCAUUUGACUUGGAGUGCCGCAUUCACCGCCAAUUGCUCUCAGCCGUUCGGGCCUUCCGAAAUUUUAAAGUACAAAACAGUCCUGUUGAUCAAUUGCCAUCUUGGAGCCAAUCAUUUUAGCACCCCCGCAUCUUAACCUCUUUCAUAGGGACGUUGGCUGCUGUCGUUGAAUCCAAGUUGUCUUCACUUUCCUCCUUUGUGCCCGUUUUGAGGCUUGCCGGCCUGCCAAUCUUCAGUUGUCACUAUCUUGUCCGAGUUUGAUGACAACGUUGCCGCCGUCCGUUGCUCUUGAGGCGGGGCGGCGAUGUUUAGAAACGUUGUUGGCCAAAUGAGGAACGUCAAGCGCUUUUGAGCAGUAUUGUCAGUUGAGUUGAGAGAAGUGAGCGACGCAAGUCGAUUUCCUGUGCCGCCAUUUUGUUGUCGAUGUUUGAUGCAUAUUUUCACCUUCGUGUGAUCGGAAAUCCUUGGGCAGGUGUCCGACCUCAUCUUCCGUAGAAUAUCUAUUUAUAGUUCCAGUUGAUUGACAGUAAUGGGUCUUUGUAAAGUAUAUAGCCAAUGGGGAGGGGGGGGGGGGGGGUCCUGCUGUGACAUCACUUCCUGCAUGAGUUGCCAAAAGGAAGUGAAGCCAAGCGCCAUUUGUUUUGGGUUUUUUCCACACGGAGCCGCCAGAUUCGAUGCUUGUGCGUUUGCAGGGUAAUGCCACUUUUGUCCACAGUGUGUCGUGUUUUCUUACCAGAGAUGAGUUGCAUGCUAACUAACUUCUUCUAACGUGUCACUUGACGACCGAGACGAAGACGAUGAUCUCCGUGAGCCGGUUUCCAUAGUAACCAACUCACAAGCUGUACAGUGGUGCAAAUGUGAUCGUUGUAUUUGCGCAUUUAAUGUUUGUGUUUAACAAUAAAGAUUACAGAGUCAC